AACAGAUUAAAGUAAAAAUCAAGUAAACAAAAAAUUAAGGAGAAAAAUUAACAAUGUCGAUUAGGUUUAUGGUGAAGAGACUCGCAACGGUGACCGUUUCAAAAACUCAUGGAGGAGAUGUCUCCGGUUAUGUUCUCCGACAAGCUCCUACCCGGUUCGAUCGCUUCUUCACAGCUUUUAGGCCAACGGAGAACAUGAAAGACCGUCACUACGAGCAAGGUUCAAACAUUGCAAACGACGAUAGGUCAACAACGAGUUACGUAACGGACAAGGCAAAGGAAGGGGUGAAGAAAGCGACGGAUGUAGCCAUCAACGCCGGAGAUAACAUGAAGGAUGCGAUGGACGGCGCCUGGAAAGCGGCGAAGGAAACGGGUCAGAACAUCAGCGAAGCGGUUGCGGGCGAUGAUGAUGACGGCGACAGGAUUCAAGAAGACAAGGUCGCGGUGGAGCUGAAGGAUGUGAGUCAGCCUGUCGACACGACAGAAUAUAGAGGUGUGGAGGAUCUACAUCAGCAAACCGACGCCGAAAACAAGUCAGCGUGA